AUGACCUCCGAUCUGAACGAGAACGAGUUUGGCACGGGUCACAGUCCAUAUGGUGCAACUGGGCCGACGCAGGCCAGGAAGCGGAAGAAUCACGACUGUAAGCGUCGCAAGGUGAAGUGUAGUGGAGAAAACACUUGCCAGAAUUGUCGGAGCAGAGAAAUCAAAUGUCGUUACUCGCCUAGUCCCACGACAGUCGAGGGUGAAGUUGAGACCAGACGCAGUAAUGCCAUCGCUCGCCAGACUCGAGACUCGGCGUCUGCAGGUGCUCGUAUGCCACCGGGUGCCUUGCCUGACCCUCGUGUUGAUGAGCUCUACGAACGAGUCAGGUCCAUUGAGUGCACGCUGACUCGAUUGCUAAAGUCAGCCAAAUACACCGAGAAUUCGUCACCGGGCGUCCCUUUCCUGACUCCUGUAGAGCGCAGUGUUGCUGUUCCUGAUGAGGAAGAUGACGAUGGAGAUCAGUUUGCCCUGCCUCCAAUCACGCACAAUGAUCUCACACUGUCUUCUCAGGUCGCCGCUCUGGGUGCCUUCUUAUCCGGGCCGCCCUCGCCAAAGACUGCCAGCAGUUGCAGGCAAACGGCCGCCUUUCAAGUCCUGAUCCAAUUUCCCGAUUCUUCUACUCUGCAGCAUCUGCUCGACGUCUACUUCUGUGACAUGAACAGCUACUUCCCGUUCUUGGAUCGCCAGGAUACCGAGCUGCGUAUCUACGGCGUUGUUGGCCGCCUCGGCCAUAGCUCCUGUAAUCGCAGUGUGGCGGUGACCAAGGAAGACCUCUCCAUCAUCGCUCUCACAUAUAUCAUGCUUGCAAUGGCUGACUGCGUGGACCCAGACAAAGGAGCAUGCGAUGGGGAUGCGAAGCCGGGCUGGGAAAGAUAUCUCCAAAGCUGCCGUGCCAUUCAGCAAUUCUCCCACUCCAAGACACUCAACUUGGACACGGUCAGAGCACAAUGCCUUAUGGCUGCAUAUCUCAUGCAUGUCGAGGUACUCAGAGCUGCCUCGCAGGCUAUCUCGGUGGCUUGGCAGCAGGCUAUAUCAAUUCGUCUGAAUGAUAAAAAGACGUGGCCAGGUGAUGACGCCCAAGGCGUCUUUCAGAGACAGCAACUUUGGUGGACCAUGUACUUUCUGGAUAGACAGAUCUCGCGCAGGAGCGGCAUUGCUUAUCAUAUACGCAACACGGAAUUUGACGUUGACGACUUUACUGUAAGUACGGAGAAUACCCCAAUACCACAAGCCGAAGUUACAAAAAGUUACCUGCAGGCUCUGGUCAGCCUAUCCAGGCUCUGGAGCCGGGUAUGGGACACCUUCUUUGCCGUUGGUGCGACAAACAAGGGGGACUGGAUGGAAGUGGAGCUUAUGGAUGCUAGAAUCCUCAACGCUCGCCGAGGACUACCCAAAACAUUGACCUGGGACUCCAAAGAGAUUGCCAAUUACGCAGCAUCUGGCGAAGAUGAGCCGCGCAUUCGUCGACGCCUUCAGAUCUUCACCAGAUUGGAACUCCUUCGCAUGCUUAUCAAGCAGAACCCCAUACACCAGUCAGCCUUUAACCCGGAAACGGCUCAUUUUUGCGCACGGCUAUCGCGCGAAAUCAUACGGUCUCAUCAUCUUUAUUUCUUGCAAUACCCAGCCAGAGCAAGCGGCUACUUCGCGACAAGCUCGAUAGUGGAAUGCAUCUAUCACUUGGCCCCAGUCAUCCACCGCUCCACCGACAGCCAUGAGCAUAGCGCUUGUGUAUCUGCUUUUAACCAGGCUCACGGUAUCUUGAUUAACCUCUCCGUCUACACCAAUGUGGCUAAGAAAGCACUGAGGGCCUUGAAUGGGGUUAUCAAAAAAUGGGGUGGCGGGGAUACAAUAGGUAUUGCCGCUAGCAAGGACACCAGGUUGCGGCAGGGCCAAGUGCAGGAUGUCGAUAAUUUUGAUGUUCCUCCGGAAAUACAGGAAUUCAUGAGAAGGACGGGCGCACAAGUUGGAGUAGAAGGGUUUGAUAUUCAUCUCGGCGACUUGAUGGACAUGUCGAUGGGCUGGCUUCCCGGCAGUGAAUUCGAUCUUCGGCCUGAUGUUCUCCACUAA